AUGACAUUCGCAAUUAAGAUACAUUUCUGUGGUUUUCCACUCGUUAUAUUAACUUUGACACACACAGCCAGUGAGUCAAUUAGUCCCUUGGACAUCAUGGCGCUCACACAGCAGAUAUUGUUGGUGAUUAUCGGCGUAGCCUUUGUUUACUCUGCUCCAUUGACUCCGGGGCUCCUUUCCAAUGUCCUGAGCAGCCCAUUGCCCGUAUUGAAUAACAAACCGCUGGAUAUACUGAAUAAACCUUUGGGAAUCAUCGGAGACAAACCUGUCAGUGGAGCUCUAAGUACCUUAGGUCUUAGGACUGGCCAGUCUGCAGAUCAUGCCGGGCUGAUACCUGGCCUAACUAGUGCCAGUGGUUCACUAGACAACCUGGGAUUGAAUGAUCUCUCGGAAGCUUUGGGACUUAACAGCGGGAUCUCAUCGCUGCAAGACCCACAUCUUCUCUCGAAGCCUUUAAAUGCAUUGGGUGUAUUAACUUCUAAAGGUCAGAAAGUACCAGACGCAAUAGGAUUGGAACCAAAACCGGGACCUGUUGGUGGAAGCUCCGAUGAAAAACCUGCUCUAGGGUUGAUUGAUCAUUCAGAUGAAUAUCAUACAGCAGAGCGGUAAGGAAAUAUACAGCGCCUCACGACCUUAAAUUGAAAAAAAAAAUGCGGUAACCCUAUAAAUUUUCUUCACUUCUAUGUUUCACAUUACCAAUUACUCCGGAUGCUAUGUAAGUCAUUGAA